AUGAAAGUCGCUGUGGUGGCCCUUAUUUGCUUCUUCUUCUUGGUCGAUCCACUCGUUUCAGCCACCGAAGAAAAGGAAAAUGCUACGUUGAUUUUCCAAAACGACUUUCUUCAUCGUGCUGAUCGUCAUCGUCCGCGCGAUUGUUGCCCCGACUCGUGCAUUGGAAAUUGUUACUCCGGGAAGUGCCCGUAUUGUUUCGAAGCAUUUCUCCUG